CUCCUAGAUCUUUCUUCACCGUGUCCGCUCAAAAUUUCCGGCGUGAUUGGACCACUCCGGUGAGAACCGUCACCUUCUCAAUCCAUCAGCCAAGCUUACGUUCUUCCCAGAUUACUGUGAGACGAUUUUGAAGAGUGUUUGAUCGAUAUUGUUUCGAGGUUAUGUAAAUGCAAGGAGAUUCGUCUCCGUUGAUCAAACCCAUCAACAGAGCCGCCGUUCACAGAAUCUUCUCCGGACAAGUCAUCCUAGACCUCUCCUCCGCCGUCAAGGAGCUCAGGGAGAACAGCCUCGACGCUGGAGCCACCAGCAUCGAAAUCAACCUCCGCGACCACGGCGAAGACUACUUCCAAGUCAUCGACAACGGCUGCGGCAUUUCCCCGUCCAAUUUCAAGAGAAGCUCUAAGCUCCCUAUGUGCCUUGGGGAAUCUCACGGUGGAGACGAGGAGAAAGGAGGAGAAAGUUGCUACGCUCUUGACCUUUGAUCAUUCCGGUUUGUUGGUUGCUGAGAAGAAGACUGCACGCCUGAUUUGUGCCACUGUCACUGUGAGGAAGUUUUUCUCUAAUUUACAUGUUCAAAGCAAAGAGUUUAAACGCAAUAUAUGCAAAGAGUAUGGAAAGCUUGUAUCUUUAUUGAAUGUGAGUUUCUAUAUUGAUUACUUUGAUAUAUGGGUUAACACUUUUUUUUUGGAUUAGACUUGAUAUAGUUUUUCUUGGUUACAUGAUGAGACUUGAGUGAUCAUUCUCCUUAAAGUAAGCUACUUUUGAUGUACUAUUACUGAAUUUCUUCAGUUUGAUAUCUACCCUCCCUGUUGGAAUCGUAUUGUGUUCCAAAUAGAUGAUUACUCUAUUUUAAUUGCAUGAUUCUUUUAGUACACAAAUUUUCAUGAUUUUGGGAAGUAGAUUUUACUAUGUAUGUUUGAAGCUUAGUUUCUUAACUAUAGUCAGGUGCUCUUACUUUUUCUUACUGACUCUGUUUCAGCGAUGACUAAUGACUUCUUCAAUAAUCUUCCUUUGUGCAUGCAUAUGCACUUAUUGCGAAAGGAGUGCGGUUUGUCUGCUCUAACACAACUGAUAAAACUCAACGUCUGUUGUGCUGAGCACACAAGGGAACGGUUCACUUAAAGAUAAUAUUAUAACAGUAUUUGGGAUGAGCACCUUUACAAGUCUACAACCCGUAAGUAUAAGUAGACUUGACUACGUUUGGUUUCAGAGGAGAAUCUCUUAGCUCUCUAUGUGCCUUAGGGAAUCUCACAGUUGAGACGAGAACAGAGAAGGAGCAAGUGUCUACACUCCUAACCUUUGAUCAUUCAGGUUUGUUGGUUGCUGAAAAGAAGGCUGCACGCCAAAUUGGCUAAGAAAUUGUUGGAGAGGGACCGGUCGUUUGAGUUUGAUUAUUUAUUUUGAUGUAUUAGUACUUAAGUUACUGUGUAUUGUGACAACUGAUUCCAAGCUUAUUAGUUUCGUGAUUUUUUCAGGACAAUGUUGCAAUGUUGCUUUUAUAAACAGUUUUUCAUGAUUUUAGACUUUA